AUGCUACGCGUCUAUCGAGCGUCGGGCGAUCUGCUUGCUGAGUUCACGCAGGAGGAUUUACAGAAACUGGCCAACGCAGACAAAUGCCCCGGGCAUGUGUUAAAGAGGCAUUUGCAAACGCUUUGUGGUCAGUUGAGAUUCAAGCAACGACUGCUGAAAGAGGGUUCCGCUGCACCUGAG